GCUCGAUUACAUUUAUUUCUCCAAAAUGUUCAAUUAAGUUUUAAGUAGAUAGUACACGGGAAUGGUAGGAAAAUCACAAGCAGGACGCGAGGGGACCCAGAGCUAAGCCUGUUCCCCUCCUGCUGGCUGUACUUCCCACUUCUCCUCCCCAAAGCCACAGGUGGGGCUGCCCAGGAAGCUGGCUGCACAGGGGACGGUUGGCAGAGGCUUAUCAGGGAGCGUCCCGGCUCAGUGCCCGCAGCAGAAGCCGAGGCAGGAGGAGGGCCGAGGGAGAAGGCCGGCUGAGGUGUGGGCCCAGGGAGGGCUCAGCUGACCCCUCAGAGAAUGUCCCCGUUGGGACAGGAGGGGUGGGGCGGGGCGGAAGGGUUGACAGUCUUCAUGUCCCGAGUCAGUCAGUCAGCUGAAACAUCCCCUCCUAGGGAGACCUCAGAAGCAGUUUCUUCUAUCUAAGAGCCAUCCUCCCUGGGCCCCAUCCUCCCCGGGCUCUUCUGCUUCAACCAGCAGCCCCAGAGUCAGGGGUCAGUCCCCAACAAGGCUGUGAGGGCCCAGCAUGGAGACCACCCUCACCGUUACCUUUGCUCCCUUCGUACCCUUUGUAACCAAAUACUUUCCAUUUUUUGGCCCCAUACUCCAGGGAGCCGCUCCCAGGCAGGAUUCGCUGCAUGGAGCCUCUGUCUCCAGCCGCCCCCUCUCUGCCUCGGGGGAAGCCCACGCAGUGGGGCCAGCCGGUGAGCCUCAGGCAGCCUGGGGAGCGAGAGCCUGUGGAAUCGAGGCUUUUCUCUUUCCUUUCUUCCUUUUUUUCCUGAAACAACUUCCCUGGGCUCAGGAGUUAAAAAAAGCACCCAUAUGUCAUUUUCUGGCAGUCAGACGGCCCAGAGUGCCACUCGGCCUCCCAGGUUUCACAGCGGCAGGCCACUGGCUUGGCGAGGCACUUGAAGGCCAUCACGAACCUGCUAUAGGCGGGCUCGCCAACCUGCAACGUGGACUGAAGGCCGCCCAGGCCACGGGAGGCACCCGCAGGACCAGGAAACAGGAAGCCGGAUGGAAUGACCCCAUGGCGCCUGUCCCAGUCCUGCAGAAGGAGAGAGUGUUCCAGUCGGGGUUCCAGACCUAUAGGAUCCCCGCCCUGCUCUACUUGCCUCAGCAGAAGAUCCUGCUGGCCUUCGCAGAAGAGCGUGUGGACCUGGUGGAUGAGCACGCGGAGCUGAUUGUCCUGCGCAGAGGAGUGUACGAUGUGAACACCCACCGGGUGCAGUGGCAAGCUCAGGAGGUGGUGACCCAAGCCCGGCUGGAGGGCCACCGGUCCAUGAACCCAUGCCCCUUGUACGACGAGCAGACGGAGACCCUUUCCCUCUUCUUCAUUGUCGUGCUGGGGCAGGUCUCUGAGCACCACCAGCUCCAGACCAGGGUCAACGUGACACGGCUGUGCCAAGUCACCAGCUCUGACCACGGGAGGACCUGGAGCCCUGCCAGAGACCUCACGGACUCUGCCAUCGGCCCAGCCCACAAGCAGUGGGCCACCUUUGCGGUGGGCCCAGGGCAUUGCCUGCAGCUGCACGACAAGCCCCGCAGCCUGGUGGUGCCUGCCUAUGCCUACCGGAACCUCCACCCCCACCAGCGGCCGUCCCCCUUCGCCUUCUGCUUCCUCAGCCACGACCACGGGGACACAUGGCACAGCGGGAACUUCGUGGGCCAGGACAGCCUGGAGUGCCAAGUGGCUGAAGUCGGGGCUGGGGCGCAGAGGGCGGUGUACCUCAAUGCUAGAAGCUUCCACAGAGCCAGGGUCCAGGCCCAGAGCACCAAUGAUGGACUGGAUUUUAAUGAGACCCAGCUGGUGAAGAAGCUGGUGGAACCUCCCUAUGGCUGCCACGGCAGCGUCGUCAGCUUCCCCAGCCCCCGCGCAGGGCCGGGCGCCUCAGAAAGAUGGCUGCUCUACACCCACCCCUCUGACCUGCAUGAGAGGGCCGACCUGGGUGUGUACCUCAACGCGCAGCCCCCGGACCCGGCAGCCUGGUCGGCACCCGCUCUGCUGGCCGAGGGCGGCUGCGCCUACUCAGACCUCCAGAGCAUGGGCCCUGGCCCCGACGGGUCACCCCUGUUCGGGUGUCUCUAUGAAUCGGAUAAUUAUAAGGAGAUCAUCUUCGUCCUCUUCACCCUGAAACAAGCCUUCCCAGGUGAAUUUUAGCCUCAGUCACGGCCGAUGCCAGAGCGAGAGGCUAUUACGUUGCUGUUCUUUUGGCAUCCUCCGGACUUUGGAGGGAGGCUCUUGGUGCCCGUCAGUGAGAGCGUGCAGAGAAGGGGCGGUGCUGGUGCAGCCGUAAGAGGAGCUGGUUCACAUCUGGAGACCUCCCUGAGCACACUGGCACACGCGUGCCCGAGACCCAGGCCUGGCUGAGGCGGGGUGGGUCGCAGUGUGAAGACCUAGCUGAGGGGGCCGUCUCUCUCUCUCUCUCUCGUCUGCUCGCCCUCUCACUUGCUGUUGCUCAA